AUGUUCUCGCUGCUCGUCGGCUUUUGGCAGCUGCUCUUCCGUCGCGCUGAAUUCCACGUGCUGAUCCUCGGCGUCGACGCGGCAGGCAAGACCACCGUCCUCGAGCAAAUCAAGGCCACCUUUCUCGGUCGCGAGCCGAUGCCGCCGGCGAAGAUUGCGCCGACGGUCGGGCUCAACAUUGGACGGCUGCAGGUGCGGCGGUGCAAGCUCAUCUGCUGGGACCUCGGCGGCCAGGCAGCGCUGCGCGCCAUCUGGGAAAAGUAUUACUCCGAGGCGCACGGACUGAUCUACGUCGUCGACGCCGCCGACACGGAGCGGAUAGACGAGUCGCGAAACGUGCUCCACGCGCUGCUCGGCCACCCCGACCUCGCGGGCAUUCCGCUGCUGCUGCUCGCAAACAAGCAGGACGCGCAAGGCGCGCUCUCGCCGCACGAGGUGGAGGCGCGGUUCGGGCUGCAGCAGGUGCUUGAGACGAGCCAGCCGCGCCAGGUCUUUGGCACCGCCGCUCUCACCGGCGAGCGCAUCGAGGAGAGCAUCCACUGGCUCGUGGAGGCGCUGAGGGACUCACCAAGGAUUGGGUAG